AUGGAUGACUUACCAUCACCUUAUGAAAUACUUGGUAUUGAAAAAACAGAUGAUCCUAUAGCGAUCAAACAGGCAUAUAAAUACAUGGCAUUGAAAUAUCAUCCAGACAAGAACCCAAACUCUGGUGAUAAGUUUCAAGAAAUUAGUAAAGCAUAUCAAAUUCUGGCAAAUGAAGAUUCAAAGUUAUUCUUUGAUUCAUUUGGUUAUGAAGGUUUAAUACUCAAUGAAAAGCUAAACUCCAAAGGUGAUAAGAACUUUACUGAAUGGUUAAUAUCAAUGUCAUUUUGUCUAUUCUCAAUUGUAUUGGAUUACUUUUUAGGAAUUUAUAGUGAAUGGAUAUUUGCAUCAAUAUUUACAUUAUACUUUAUUUAUUUAACAAAAAAGUCACCAGAUAUAUCGUUUUGUCUAUUUAUCAUUGUUCUCAAUCUUGUACUCUACUUUAUUUUACCGACAAAAAUAUUACCAACCAUCACAAAUACCAUUAUUUAUGGUAUCGUUUUAUUGUGGCCAAAUAUCACAAGAAAGAACUCUUCACUCACAGUUAGCAUUUGGAUCCUCAUCAUUGUUUUCGAUCUUUGGCGUGGUAUCACUCUUAAUCACUGGAUAUGGAGUAUAUUAAGUAUCAAUAUUAUCAUUUUUGGUAGUAUUAUAUUAAUGUUGAUGGGUAUUUAUGUUUUAAAAAAACCUGAAACUGGUCCAGCAAUUUAUUCAGGGUUAUUUGAAAUAUUAUUCUCAUCAAUUACAAAUUUGGAUGUUAUGACUUUAGUAUUUUCAUUAUUUUGGGGACCCGUUUGGUUAUUAGAUUUCUUUUUUAAUAGAAGAAUUGAAUGGUUAAUUGUUCCAACUAUAUUUUUGAUAAAGUUAUUCUUAUUUAGUGGUAAACUUAAAAUCUUUUUACCAAUGUUAUUAUCAUCAGCUAUUGCAUAUUAUUUGGUUCCAUCUUGGAUUUAUCACUUUUUAAACAAUUAUAUUGUGCAUGCACUUUCUCACAUGUUGGUUUAUAAAUUCAAUAUUGCCAUUGUGGAAAAGGCAUCGUCACUUCAGGAAAAGAAAAAGUAUCUCUUUCAAAAGGGUGUCAAUCAGAUUAUCAUGGGUGUCAUUCUAUUUGCCAUUCAGUACAUGCUCGACUUUUCUACAGAACAUUGGCAUUUCCUUGGAUCAAUCUCUCUUGGAUACUCUUUUGUUUUGAUGAUAGAAUUGUAUUUCUUUUCAUUCUCUAUCAAGAAUCUAGAGGACGAUGGUGGAAACAACAUGGCUGGGGGAGAAGACCAAUCAAACAAUCAAUCAAAUGGUGACCACAAUGACCCAACUAGACAAAACAAGACAAAAAAACAAAAAUCACAUGGAGAAUACUCAAUGCCAUCAAAUGAAAACGCAAUUCAACCUUAUACUCCACCUCCUUCUUUUCUCAGAAAUCUUCAUAAACAAGUUAAAAGGAAUCAAUCAUUUAAUCAAUCUAAUAAUAAUAACAAUCAUAGUGUAAAUAACAACAACAAAGUACAAGAAAUAAUAGAAGAACAAGAAGAGGAUCGAGAUAAAUUAAUUGAUGAAGAAGAAGAUCAAUCAUCGUCGUCGACAACAUUUGAUAAACAAAAUGGAAACAGUCCAACCAAAAAAUCAACAACUACUGCCACUCCAAUUGGCAGUUCAUUGGACAAACGAUGUCAAACCUGUUUCAAAUCAACCAAUCUCAAAAAAUGUGGUAGAUGCAAACAAGUAUUUUAUUGUUCAAAAGAAUGUCAAAUUAAGAAUUGGGCAUUCCAUCAAUCGAUUUGUAUCUUGAAAUUUUAA